AUUUAAUGCUUCACUUGAAUUAAUCGCAAUUAGACGCAAAACUGAAGUUGAAGUUUGUAGAAAUUAUAUUACAAAUAACAUUUCAUUCAAAUGUCAGUUGUGAAAGUAUUUUGAUUAAUCUAUGCAGAGGGAUAUUGUAGAGUCAGGGACGCGAUACUUAAACAAAUUACGUGUAUGAUACUUACGAUGAAGUUAUCAAAUUGAGUCAGAUUGACUUUAUCUGUGGAAAUUAGUUACAACUGACCCGAGUUUACCUUUAACAGGUAAAAAUUCACAUCUCUGUCUUGUUUCGGAUACGAUUUACAUAAAAUGGGGUAAAGUAUUCAGUGUCUUAAGAUCGACGUCUGAAGAUACACUGUGUAAACUUUAAGACUGACCGGACAGGUGAAUUGAGAUACACUUUGAAACUUUAAGAGCUGGACAAGUGAACUGUCCAGACAUGGAAGGCCGGAGUAAAGGUUGAUACAAUGCUCUGCAUCCAUUCAUUUUUCUUUUGUGUUUUUCUGAUAGUUGAACUAACAUUUGCUGGAUCAUGGUACAAUUGGGGCGGGUGGAAUGAAUGUUCGAGAUCAUGUAAUGGGGGACUGUCCAACAGGAGACGGAUGUGUUACGGUGGUAACUGCAUUGGAAACGAUAUUCAAUACAGACUUUGUAAUACUCGGAAAUGUCCAUCGGACGAUCUUAUGCCGGAGUAUGAAGCUUGUCAGUCUUACUCCGGAAUCACUGAAUGGAUUCCACGACAAAAGUACCAAUGUUCUGUCUCCUGUGUCGGGAAAACUAAACAAAUUCCAGAUAUGAUCAGUAUUAAUUUGGCCGAUGGUACGAAAUGCAGUAAACAUUCCAGUCACUAUUGUAUCAAUGGAAAGUGUUUGAAACUUGGUUGUGAUGGCAUAGUGGGUUCUUCUAAAGUUGUCGAUGAUUGUGGUAUCUGUGAUGGCGAUGGUACCCAUUGUCAAGAACGAAAACCAACUCAGGACAAACAUGUUUACCAAUGGGACGUUCAGUGGACGUUUUGUUCUGUAUCAUGUGGCACAGGAUUUCAGACAUCCCGAGUGAGUUGCUGGAACAUUAAAUACAGCCAACAAGUUCCCGAAUUCUACUGUAAUUACAAAACGCAACCAACAGAAAGUAAACGCGAAUGUUCGUCAGCAACAUGCGGUCCACAGUGGAAAACUAGUUUAUGGCAAUCUUGUUCAGUUCAGUGUGGUGGAGGUUUUCAGAGGCGUAAGAUUACAUGUGUUCACACAACAGGAAGGUAUAAAACAUUAGAGGUGUCAUCAUAUCGCUGUCCUGAUCCUAUUCCACCAUCAGAAAGACCUUGUAAUAUACAAUUCUGUCCCUCAAAUUGGCAAACUGGUCCAUGGACACAGUGCUCUGCUACAUGUGAUGUUGGAGUCCAAGGACGUCCCGUUUAUUGCAUGAAAACCUUUGUUCGUGGAAUAAAAGUGAAUGUCUCAGACAGUGAAUGUAUGGGACUUAAGCCCCAAAAUUCAAGACCAUGCUCUCAGCCACCAUGUUUUAAAAUGCUUUCAUUCUCUCCUCAUAUCAAACAAGACAAUUCAACAUUUAUUCAGUUAAAGAAAUCAAAAACAAUUCGACUUAAAAUUGGAGUUAAAGCCAUUCUUUUGUCAAGACAAUCUGUGAAAAUAGAAUGUCCAGUGGACAAUUUUGAUACAUCACUUAUAUUUUGGACGAAAAAUAAUAGACUUGUAUCAACGUCUAUUUUUAAUAGAGUCUAUGUUACCUCUAAGGGAGCUCUUAAGAUUAAAAGGACUGAUGUGUCUCAAGAUACUGGAAUAUAUACUUGUAUAGCAGGGAUGGAAAGUGGAAAUGUAGUCAUAGAAUUCCAAAGUAAAUUGAUAGCAAGACAAAAAGCAAAGAAAAUAAAAAAGAUUAUGUCUAAUAAAAGUAAUAAUGAAAUUCUUAAUAUACCUCAAUCAGACAUUAUUCCAGGAAGGGGACCACAAAAUAUAAUCGCAUUGCCACGCGAUACUAAACAUUCCAAAGACUCUGCUGUAUAUAUAACAAGCGAUUGGUCUAAAUGUUCUAGAACCUGUGGUCAUGGUUUUCAAACUAGAAAAGUAACUUGUAAUGUUGUGACAGAUAAAUAUAUAAGAAUAGUAGCAGACAAACAAUGUCGUGAAGUAAAACCAGAAAACCACAGAGUAUGCAAAGGUAACCCAUAUUGUCCAGUCUGGAGAGAUGGUGCAUGGUCAGAGUGUUCAGUUAAAAUAUGCAAGUUUGAUGGAAUAGCAGUACAAACCAGAGAGAUACACUGCAGUGUAGAAAAUAACCAAUCCAUCACUCUCCCUCCUAAUAAGUGUGACAGAAAAUUUCGUCCUCAAACUCAUAGACAGUGUAUCAAUGAAGAGUGUGAGGCUAUCUGGAAAACCAGCAAAUGGACAUCGUGUAAACCAAGAUGUGCCAAGAAUGGUAAGAAAACAAGGAUGUUAUCAUGUGUAUGGAAACAUAACAAAAAGCAAGCACAAUAUAAUUGUAAAUCAAAACCAAAACCAUUACUCAGGAAAGUUUGUCGACCAAAACAUUGCAAAAGGAAAUGUUUUGAUAUGUCAAGAUACUGCAGCAUUACAAAACUAUUGAACAUGUGUAGAUACAGAACAUUUAGAGACCGAUGUUGUGCAACAUGUACUAACUCUGUUCUAACAUAAGAUUGUCUACAACAUGAACAUUCUUUUAUGGAAGCUUUUAAAUUUAUUUGGUGCUAGAGUAUCUUCAGUUGUAAAAGUAAGGAAAAAAGUAUUCAAAAUACUAAAAUCAAAAGAUAUUCAAAAUUACUUUUAACCAAGUCACUUUAAUAAAUCUAUACUAAAAGACUACAAUAUGGACUACAAUUCUGGCAUGUAGGAACCAUGAUUCAGAAAAAUUGAUUGACAAAGUGUUGUAUAUAUUGUCAUUGUAUUGAUUGUUGUGAUUGUUUUAUAAUACCGGUACAUGAUGGAAAGAAUGUUUUCUAACACUUAAGAACUUUUAUAUGCUGUUUUCUACGAAUUGUAAAUCGUUCUUUUUGUCCGGUGAAUGUCGAGAUGGUAGAGAAAAUAGGGUGCAUAUAUAAUAAACGUUUUCUACAGUUUUCAAACAAUAGCUGGCAAAAGCUUUUGAACCUUUGUUUAAACAUAUAAAUUAGACAAACCACCUAAAGGUCAAUUUUGAUUUAGUAUUUUCAGAUAUUUGAGAUGUUGAAACAUAUUCAAAUUUGUAGGCGGUAAACAUUUUGUGAUAUCAUCUUCUCGUACAGUUUUCAACAAAUAUUACUGAAAUGCUCUCUGUAUGGCCUUCAAAAAUAUCUAGCAAUCUGGUACAGAUACAGAACCUGUGUCCACGCCUUGCUUACAACUAAUUACAAGGAUCUGACCUCAUUCUGUUAUUUUCCGUUUUGGUAAUUAUAUGGUUAUUGUUAUGUCCUUUAAGGUAAUAAAGCUCUUCAGGCGCUUGGGUCUUAUUCAUUUUAAGCUUUCAAAUGUUUGUGUUGGAAUGUUCCAAAUGAAGGUAAAUCAAGCAAGGCGCCUCGUACGCACGACAUUAAUACAGUUCAUUUACUGGUUCUAUUAUAACCACUGCUGGUGGACUAUUGGUCCCCUAAGGUAUUAUCAACUCAGAAGUCAGUGCUUCGGUACUUGCACGAUUUUUAACGAACUUUUCUAAAAUUAUGCGUUGAUAAAUUUAGAAAUUAUUAAGAAACUAAGGUUCCAACUCUCUGGGCAAAGUUUAGCAUAUUCUAUGUGAAUGAUCAGUUGGAUAGCAAUGGUCAAUCAGUACGGACGCAAUGCAUUCAUUAAGAUUUUUUUUAACAUUUCCCUUUAUUAUACGAUCCGUUUAUUGUAAUUGGAAUAUUAAUCGUUGUGUUUCGCUGCAUUGCAUCAUUAAAAUAUUAUAAAACAAAG